CAGCGGAGGAAAGAUCAUCUUGGACAGAGUGCAAGAGAAACAGUGUUUCCAAAGCUGCAGAGAAUGGAGGCUGGCAUGGACCUGCUCCACAGCUCUGGCGUGGAGAUGGUGCAGUAUCUCCAAGUGAACUACAGGGACUCCCAGAGCUGGUUCACUUUCAUCUCUGUCGCUGCCGACCUGAGAAACACUUUCUACGUUUUCUUCCCCAUCUGGUUCCACCUGUACGAGGCAGUGGGCAUCAAACUCAUCUGGGUGGCCGUCAUCGGAGACUGGCUCAACCUCAUCUUUAAAUGGAUAUUAUUUGGUCAGAGACCUUACUGGUGGGUUCAUGAAACUUCGUACUAUGGCAAUUUGUCUGUUCCUGUGUUGGAGCAAUACUCAAUUACCUGUGAAACCGGACCAGGAAGUCCCUCAGGCCACACCAUGGGUUCAGCUGGGGUUUGCUAUGUGAUGGUGACAGCGAUAGUGACCAGCACGUUUCGGAAAAACCAACAUUGUUUCAGAAGCUGGUGUCUCCGUGCUUUUCUGUGGAGCGUCUUCUGGGUGGUUCAGGUCUGUGUCUGUGCAUCCAGAGUCUUUGUAGCUGCACAUUUCCCCCAUCAAGUCUUCAUGGGAGUCAUCUCAGGAGUGGCUGUAGCUGAGGCGUUUGGCCGGAUUAAUGCAAUCUACAAUGCAAGCCUUAAGAAGUAUCUGCAGAUCACUCUCUUCCUGUUCUCCUUUGCUCUGGGUUUCUACCUGCUGCUGAAAAUGCUGGGAGUCGACCUGCUGUGGUCAGUAGAGAAAGCCCAGAGAUGGUGUGCCCGAGGUGAGUGGAUCCACAUUGACACCACUCCCUUCGCUGGGCUGGUCAGGAACAUGGGAGCCUUGUUUGGACUGGGAUUGGCUCUGAACUCACCCAUUUACAUCGAGAGCAGCAAGGGGAAGAGAGGCCAGCAGCUCUGUUUCAGGAUAAGUUGUGUUGUGGCCUCGUUGAUCGUCCUGCACCUGUUUGACUCGGUGAAGCCUCCUGCACAGAAGGAACUUUUGUUUUACUUCCUGUCCUUCUGCAAAAGUGCUGCUGUGCCUCUGGCGGCUGUGGCAAUCAUCCCAUUUUCAGUAUCGCAGGUCAUGAACCAACAAGAGAAAAAGGUGCUCUAAGUGUCUGCAACUUAAAUAUUUGCCCAUUAACACAGAAACCACUCGCCAAAUCAAAUCAGUUUGACUUUGGCUAGUUUGAGACAGAAUCUAAACUCAACUUGGAAAAGGUGCAAGGGCAGCAGGCUUGAAUUGAAAAGAGUGGUCUUGUUAAAAAUGUAAUUUAACCAGAUGAUCCAGAAAAAAUUUAUGUGCCAGAGGUGUCCUGAGAAUGAAUUUACUGUGUAGAUUGACAUUUGCAUUUUUAAUUGCAAUCUGUUUUAGUAAUCUGGUUCUUCUGUUAACUUACACAUUGUCUGAAUCAUGCUAUCACCCUGCACAUCACUGUGUGGUAAGAAUGAAAGAGAAAAAGGAUAUGUUUUGGAUGCCAUUGUUUUGCAUUCCCUGGGCUCCUGGUCAAUUAGGCUAUCUAAUUCAAGGGAAGAUUGAAGCCUUCUGAUAACCCAGUGGGAACCUGUGGGCACAGUGUGUUACAAACUAUUUUUUCUUCUCUUUUGAGUCAAUACUUUUGUCUGGGUUACCUGGGACAGGGCUCCAGCUUGUUAUUAGUAUGUGUAGGCAUAUGUGAACAGGUCAAUGGCAUGAGUCAGUCUAUGGUGGAACAUCCUGCCAAUACUUAAUCAAUAUGCUUACAUGUGAAGAAAAGGCCAAUCAGAGGCACAUGAUUCUUUGGGGAGCUGAGGAAAAAAUGAUGUUGCUUUUUAGUUUGGCAUGGUGAGAGGGGUUGGAGAAGAGCUGCUGUUCUAUAGGGACCCACUUCUUCAAAACAAUUUCUGUGAAGUAAGGACUUGAAAAUGUACAUACCUCGAAUGCACUGUGAAUGCAAUGGGAUAAAGCAAUUCUUUUCUGACUGGAUGGAUGGUGAUUUAUUGUAUAUCAGUGUUUUCUAUCAUAGAGAUAGAGAAAUCUGUUAGGUGCUUCAGAAGAACAAUUAGCAAAAUACUGUAGAUGGUGGAAAUCUGGAAUGGAAAGUAGAAGAUGGCAGAAAGUCAGUAGGGCAGGGGACACGAGAUUCUGCAGAUGCUGGCAAUCCGGAGAAACACACACGAAAUGCUGGAGGAACUCAGCAAGCCAGACAGCAUCUAUGGAAAUGAAUAAACAGUCGACGUUUCAGGCUGAGACCCUUCUUUACGACCAUCUGUGGAGACAGAAACAGAGUUAGUGCUUCAGGCUGAUAAACCUUCAUCACAGUUGGAUGAAAAAUGUCACCAUUUUGAUCUUUUCCAUUAUGUGCUUCUUUGAAUAAUUUGUAUGAUAGUUUUUAUUGUAAUAAAUAUUUUGAACAGAA